GUGAUACAGCCGGGAGAAUGACUUUUGACAGGGGGAAAAUGUUAGCCAUGAGGAAAAACCUAACGUUACUGCAUUAAAAUCGUACAUGCCUAUACGUAUCAGAACAAGUUAACAAAUGUCUAGUGUUUCAAGUAUUUUGAUUCAUGCCAAAAUCAGAAGCUUUCACUCAACAUGUACAGGGAAGAUCAGUGCACAUGAUUGGAUAAGUGUGUUAUGCAAGUGAAUGAGCAAUACUGCAGUAUCCAGGGACAUGCAGCAGUUGGGCGUGGUGACCGGCAGCCUGCGGCACACAGCUCUCUCAGCAGACAGUUCAAUUGCUAUGCAACCAGAAAAGAGCUCCCAUCAAAAAGGACACAUCUGAUGGAAAAUGGCAAUGGGGCUCACACUGCUAUUUCUCUCUGGUGCCCUGCUCUCUGGGAUGUUGUAUUAUGUCACUUACCAAUAUAGAGAUCUGAGGAAGCCAAACUUUAUUAUUAUCCUGGCUGAUGACAUUGGCUGGGGUGACCUUGGAAUGAACCUGGCAGGCAAGAGUCAUACACCCCACCUGGACCUGAUGGCUCUGGGAGGAAUGAGGUUCACAGAUUUCCACUCGCCCGCCUCCACCUGCUCGCCCUCUCGCGCGGCUAUCCUGACAGGUCGGCAUGGUCUGCGCAAUGGGGUCACACACAACUUUGCAGUGGGGUCUGUUGGGGGCCUCCCUCUCAAUGAAAGCACCUUUGCCCAAGUCCUGCAAGCGACAGGUUAUUACACCGCUAUGAUUGGAAAAUGGCAUCUUGGGCACAACGGUCAAUUUCACCCAAGCCACAGAGGCUUUGAUUACUACCUUGGAAUUCCCUACAGCAAUGACAUGGGCUGUACAGACUCUCCUGGCUUUGACCUUCCUAGCUGUCCUCCAUGUGAGCAGGAUAUGCUGACGUACAGUCACAAACAUGGCGGCUGUUACUCCAAGGUGGCAUUGCCCUUAUUUGAAAACCUGAGCAUCGUGGAACAGCCAUUGGACCUCUGGACCCUGGCUGAGCGGUACAAGCAGACAGCCGUUAACAUCAUCCAUGGUUCAAGAGAAAGAGGACAGCCCUUCCUGCUAUACGUGGCUCUGUCUCACAUGCAUGUGCCACUUUCUCCUGACCUGUCCCGUGAAGGACGUGACCCCGGACUGGUGUAUGCUGCCAGUCUGAGGGAAAUGGACAGUCUGGUGGGGGCCAUAAAGAAUGCAUCUGAUGACAACGAUAAGGAAAAUACUUUAAUCUGGUUCACAGGUGAUAAUGGCCCUUGGACCCAGAAAUGUGAGUUUUCUGGAAACGUGGGUCCUUUUUUGGGAAGGUGGCAGACAGACAGAGGUGGAGGGUCUGCUAAGAGGACUACAUGGGAGGGGGGUCACCGUGUGCCAACAGUGGCCUACUGGCCAGGGAAGAUUCCAGAAAACACCACCAGCAGAGCCCUUCUAAGUGGGCUGGACAUCUUCUCCACUGUCCUUUCUCUAGGAGGUGCAGAGGCCCCAUCACACAGACACUAUGAUGGGAUGGAUAUAACAGAUAUUCUACUCCAUGGCUCAGAGACUGGACAUAAGAGUCUAUGCCAUCCCAACAGUGGUGCAGCAGGGCAGUUUGGGGAACUGCAGACAGUCAGACUGGGGCAGUACAAGGCUUUCUACAUCACAGGUGCUGCAGAAGCCUGUGGUGGGGGAACAGGGAAGCAGGAGGUUCACGACCCCCCUCUGAUUUUCGACCUGUCUGAUGACGAGGAGGAGAGCAGCCCCAUGGACAGCGGCAGUGAGGAGUACCAGGCGGUCCUGGAGCAGGUACAGAGGGAGAGAGACGCGCUUCUGCGGGACAUCGCUAAAGAUCACGUGUCUCGCGCCGACUACACCGUGGACCCGUCCGCUGCCCCAUGCUGUGACCCGGGUCAUGUGGCCUGCCGCUGCGAGGGCGGGGGCUGAGGUCCGCUUUCUGACAUCAAACACGUCUGCACGUCUGUGGGAUGCUGCUGUGUCUUGUCUGUCUGGGUUGGACUAUAGUGCUCCCAUAUUGGGUUUUUAGCCAUUGAGAAGCAGACCAUUUGGCCCAUUCUCAGAGAUCUAGGUUGGAAAUAGGCUGGAAAUGGCCUUGAACAUACAUACUCAUCGAUCAUGAUGGAAAUAUUGUUUGCUUUAGCUGCUAGCCUAAAGUCCCUGCGCCAACCGCUAUGGAUCAGUUACGUUCAAAGAUUACCUUACAUUACAGUUUUCAGUGGAACAGAAGUUUGCUUACAUCUACUCACAAAUGAAAGAUAACCAACUUCUGCUAUAUUCAGUACUUUAUUUUGAAUUACCACAUCAAAGUAAUGAAGUGAAUGAGUUGGCUACACUAAAAGGUAAAAUGUAUAUUUCACACCACUGUAGUGGAUUAUUAACUGGGUUGGUAACAGAUGCACAGUAGCUGAUGGGACUCAUCACUUACAGCAAGGCACAGUCAGACGUGCUGUAUAUGAAAUGCUGGUCACGAAAGAAAGCGUGUCAGCGAAUUAAUCAUUAGCAGCCUCCACAUACUAUACAUCUGUAGGAGCUGUUAAUGUGUGCUGUACAGACCACCCAGGGGAAGUCCAGGGGUCAGAAAGUAAUGCCAUGUGUUCCACCCAUGAACUCACCAAGCUGAUUUCACAAAUCUGUUCUACCUUGUGGCUGAGGAAUUAUUCAAAUGAGCAAAUCCAGAUGAUUGGAACAAAAUACUAGAGAGAGAUUUCCCUCUGAAGUUAAAGGCAGUGUUCUGGAUGGGCCUUUCCUUGCUGCUGCUAAAUACAGCCCUUUAUGUCCAGAAAUACAGUAUAUUGUACACAUCAUACCUGUACAUUUUCAUAUGGCAGUCACAUCAGAUCUGUAUUGUAGUCUAGGGUCAGAGUUUCACAGGUAGGCCUUUUGGAUAACCUAUAGCUUCUGUACCUUAAAGGUACAACCACUCUGUGGGACAGGGGAUGGUAUGGUGAAUUUACUGAACUUUUACUGAACGAUUUAUUGAAGAAACAGGGCAAUUAAGGGGCAAGUAUAUUUUUAAGGACAUUAGGGUACUGGGCUAUUGUGUCCUGGGGUGAUCUCUUCAUUUAGGAAGCUGGACGUUGUGUCAUUCAUGCAUGUUCAUGCUGCUAUGAAGUUAGACAGUGUGGAUGUGAACUGCAGAUUAUCACUGGUUUUGCAUUGCUCCAAUGUGAAUCCUAAACCCUGCCUUAAACAUUAGCAUAACCUGGUGACCAUUCUUUCCUCCCGUAAAGCAGCUAAUCCAGAGUCUAUUAAUGUUGUUUAUUUUGCACAAAGCUUUGCAAAUACAACACACACACAAGAAACAUGUGAUUUGCAUAAUUUUAUCUCUACUGCAAUUUUACUUUUCUUGGUUUUGUGCAAUUAACAAAUUUAUUUGCACGGUUGACAUUGUAGGCACAUACAAAACAACGUUUGAAUGUACACAGAAGGGCACACAUGAACAUAUCCAAUAUUUAAACAAAAAGGAUAAAAAUACAAUUAGUUCAAUUCUUUACUUAAGAAUUAAUACCAUAGUAAUCAUAUUUUCAUUAGAGCAUACUGAUCAAGUAACUGCGGAAAUAAGAUUAAGUUGUUUUAUAACACCUAACUUUUAUGUAACACCUUCCAGAUGUUGGUAGAAUAGAGAAUCCUGCAGUUUAGCUCCAUCUUGUCUUUCAGAUAAGCUCUCAUCAGCCCCCUAUCCUGCCCUCAGUAUCAUCCCCCCAAAACCAAAACAGAAAUGAACUGUUCCUCCUCAUACAGUUGCAUUGGACUGCUUACAAUAGCAUCAAAAGGAUGCUACUACACCUAUGGGCCUACAGCCUUUUCAAGGUUUCUCUUUUUUAAAUACUGUGCUUUAUCCAGACAUCGGCUCAUUUCCAGAUGUCCUUCCCGCUGCUGUGCGAAAGAGGUUACAGGACAGUGCUCUCUGCAACAGGCUUCAGUUCAGAGUUCAGAUUACACUGCUGCUGCACCCUGUGGUUUCAACGCUGCGAAGGGAUUCUGAAAGCAAAUUAUUGCCUUGUUUCCAUGCACAUCACGAAAAGCAAAGCAAAAGCGGAGCUCAUGAAAUGCUCAUGAAAACCUUGACUUACCCAUCACAGGGAGCUGAGUACGAAUAAACAAAGCCCAAGCCUCUAUUGUUUUUUUUGUUUUUAAUUAAUGUAUUACUGAGUUUUCCUUUUGGGAGGAGCAUUUAACGAUAUAAAACGGUGAAUCAGUAGUUGCCUUUUGACCCAUACCAUGGUCCAUGGGUUCAACGAACAGCCAUAAAUGUAAGGCUGUGGAAAAUGUUGAUCAACUAAAUGUAGUUCUCAAGAUAUAGCAAACGAAACUGGAAUUGCUGUUGACAUGUUACCUAAACAAUCGCUGCAUUUUUCAGACCAGUCUGAAUGAAUGCACAUUUAUCUUUUCUGUCUUGGCAUAAUUAUGUGUCAUUAGUGUAAAUGUUUGUAAAUACCUGUGGUCUGUGCAUUCUGUGGCAUUCAACUGACCAGAAUUAUUCACAAAUGAUAACAUGUUCUGGUAUUUAAUUAAUGUUUCAUGUCCAAAGGUGCCUAAUCAAAAGCUUUUGUGGAUCUUAAAUGAAAGGUCUCACUCUCAUGACUCCCAGGCGAGUAUACUCUGUGAAACAUUACUUUCUCCUCUGAUGCAACCACAAUAUUUAUUACCUCAUUACACGUUAUUUACAGAUAAAUGUAGCAAGAGGUCAAUUACAAGAAGGAAAUUAAACCUCAAGAGAUUACUAAAAGCAAUGAAAUACAGCAACUCCACUAACAAUAGUAGAGCUGCAGAAACAACCUUCAGACUUUCCCUCAGCGAACAGUGGAUCUCUCAGUUCUGUGGAUUCAGAUUUUCACAAAUUGAUUCUGUGAAGCUAAAUCAUCACACCACACCAUUUCUACCGUCAUUCUUGAAGGCUUGUUUGCUCAACAUAUAGAUGCCGUGAAUAAUUUUAAAAUAUUCCAAAGGAAUUAUAAAUACAAAUGUAUUUUACAAAGUAAAAUAUCUGGGAAAGUGUUUCAGUCAAUAUUAUCUUCAAAAGACCAAAGACUCACAGUAUGACAUGGGAUUGCUUAUGACAGAGGCAGUAAAAGAAAUACAAGGGAAAUACUGCUUGAAAUUGUAUAAAUAUUUUCACAUUUCUCCUUUUAAGUCACUGGCCCAAGAGAUCACAAUACCCUGUUCACACUGCAUAAUCUUAUCAGGCAGUGACAGUAUAACAGACUUCAAAAUAAUGUUCCAAAAUAAACAAUGAAUAUAGUAAAUUAGUA